UAGUAUUUAUUUUUUAUAAAAUUUUAAACCCUAAUUCCAAAACUCCACCCCUUAACUCUAAACCCUAAGGUUUGGAUUAAUUAACCCAAGGGGUAUACGUGUAUAUUUACCUCUUUAAUGAAACCUAUUUUUGUGACUUUGAGCCUUGAGUGCUACUUUGGGAACAAAAACUUGGUUUGGUGCUAUCCUAGUCUUUUUCUCUUUAUUUAAUCUUCUUUAAACCACCGAAUUAUCUGAUUAGACCAAAUAAAUAGUGGUUCUCAUAAACCAGCUCCUUAUUUCUGCUUAACCGGCUUCAGUCUCUAGUUUAGUUACUUAUAUCUCUAAACUACCUAGUUAAUCAUCUCCAAAAAUAAACUCUAUUUUGAAGUUUCUAAAACUCCAUAUUUGAAGUUUAAAGGUGUUCUUUUCCAAAAGAAAAACUUCAAACUCAACUUAAAAACUAUUUAUAUUUUAUAAUAUGGUCCUUAUAUUUGUCAUAACUAAUUUGAAUUCAUAAAACUUUUAUAAAUAACAAGCACAUAUAUAAACAUAUUACAAUAAUAUUAAUUAAUAAAAUAUUUUAUUAAAUAUAAAAAUUUAAAUAAAAAUAACUUAAUUAAUAUUAAACUUUAAACAAAAUAAAAUGAUUUUUUGUAAUGCAUAUAUGAUCUAUUAGUGAAUUUUGAAGUAAAAAUGUCUCUCCUUAUUUGUACUUUGUAGAUUACGAGCUAAAAGUUGUUGAAAUCGGGUAAUAUUGAUAUUUCUAAAUACAUUAGUUUGGAACAAGAAAGUAAAAGAAAAACAUAAAAUAUUGCUAAAAGACUAAUUUUUUCGAUGAUAUUAAUACUCAUGAAUACAUUCGAUAUGAACAAGAAAUAAUUGUACGAAAAAACAUCAAAAACAAUAACAACAACCAUCUUCAGUUACACAAAAAAAAUUUGGACAAUAUUUGAAAAUUUGAAGGUUCCGGAUCAAACUUACCUGAAUAUUAGUAUUCUUGUAAUAUUUAAAUUUGUGUAAUAGUUAUGUCUUUAUGUAAUUUUUAAAAUCUUUUUGUUAAGUUUUUUUUGUAUAUUAUUGUUGACUAAAUCUAGCUUAAAAUAUUUUAGAUCUUAUUUUAAAGGUUUAUUUAAAUUUAUGUGUAAAAUUUAAAAUCUGUAAACAAAAUUUAAAAUAUUUAUGAGAUAUAAUUUUUUUAACGAUUAAAACAAUAAACAAGAAAAUAUUUAUGAAUCAUAAAGGUGAUGUGUGAUUAUAGGGACCAAAAUGCAAAUAAAAAUAUGAACCUUCAAAUUUGAAGUUUUGAGUAGUGAAACUUCAAAUAUAGAGUUUCAUCCCUCAAAACUUCAAAUUUGAAGUUUUUUUUUUUGAAAGCAAAAAAAAGUUAUAGAAUGUCUUUUGGAGAUGCUCUAAGCCAAAUAAAAUAGAUCAUAACCAACCAUUGAAUUUGGAAAUUUUGUCUCAUAAGAUUAUAUUAUUUAAUAAAAUCUUGAAGAUAAAUAAAAUUAAGUGAAGAAAAUGGAAAAUCUUACAACGGUUAGAAACAGAAGACAAAGAAAAAGGAAACUUUGAAGAGGCCUGAGUUCCAAGUAAGUAAACGUGUGUUAGGGAAACAAAAUCAAAUCUAGCAGGAGUCGGUUAACGAUACUCUCUCUUUAUAUACAAACACGUAAGCUCACUCUUUCUAACAAUACAAAUCAUUCUCUCCACUUUCGUUGCUUCCAAACCCUAUUUUCUCAGUCGCGCGAGAAAGAGAGAGAGAAGGAUGGAGAAGCAUGAGUUCUUAGAACUGUUUGAAGCUGCAACCAAAGCUGCAAAAUCUGCUUCGAGAGGAGACGUUAAGAACUCUCCUGCGGUCUCUAGGUGCGUCGAAGCCAUAAAGCGUUUGAGAGAAGCUCCAGAGUCACUUGCUUGCGAGAUGGUCAUCGAUCGCAAAUACCCUCAAAUUGGAAAGAGUCACGGCCUUUUCACGGAGCACAAAAACCCUAGAAUCCAAUCCGAGGGAAAGAUUCUUUACUCUCUUUGGCUCAGAUAUCUCUACGCAACGGGGAGGAAACAGAGCUCACGACCUCGUGAUCGGACGGUGGUGAAGAAUAAGAAGAAGCUUGUGGAGGAGGAGAUGGUUUCGAGGACGACGACUGGGGAUUCUAACCGAGACAAAGUGCGUGAGAUUCUUCACAAGUCCUUGUCUAAAGUGGCUGUUGAGAUAAAGGAAGGAGUGGUUUCUUGCGAUUCUUGGAGUGUGGCCGCGUCCGUUGAAUCUGCAAUGUUUGAGAAACUAGGUUCUUUUGAAGGGACUCAAAAAAUAAAGUACAGAUCGAUUCUUUUCAACAUGGGAAAUAGCAGCAACCCAGACCUGAGAAGGAAAGUGCUGUUCGGUGAGAUCAGUGGAGAGAGGCUGGUGACGAUGGAGAAAGAAGAGAUGGCUAGCCACAAGAUUCAGUUGGAAGUUCAAAAAAUCAAAGAGAAAGCCAGAGAUAAGGAAGAGAAUCGAGUGAAGAGUAUGAUCAUGUUUCAGUCAGACAGUAUGAUCAUGACUUAAGCACAAAAUAUAGAUUCUCAGUUUAUUAAUUGUAUAGUAAUUAGUCUCUUGUCUUGGUGGUCUCAAUGUAAGAACACUUUUAAAGUUCUGCGUUGCCAAGUUUAAUUUGCAACUCUUGUCUUGUUUCAUAUGUUAAAAACAAAGUACAUAUAUAUUCUCAGUCUUAUUACAUGAUUUGAUUCAAUGUUCGAUUUCAUUACUCGGUUGGUGCGAAGCUAAUGUUUCCACAAAUUUACCAAACAAUGUAUAAAUGUUUGCUGAGAAUUAUUUGAUUCAUCAUUCUGAAUAGAUGAGCUCCCAAGAAAGCGUGGCUCCUCUUUAGCAAUACUUUGACUCUGGACGUUCAAGAUUUGUUGACAAAAAAAAAAAAAGGUCCCAAUCAACAUCAUCUUCGUCAUCACACUUUCUACUGUUCUAACCUGAUCUCUUGUCCACAAGAUAUAUACCGUUGAUACUAUCUUUAGUCAGAUCACCAGAAUAUAUUAGUCAUUUGUCAUACACGAUUUGAUUAAACAGACAGUCUACAAACUUUUCAAAUGUCCACAAAAAAAUGCAAAAGCUUCAGUUGCACUACAUCAACUUCACCAUUCUGCAAAUAUGCAAUAAUGCACCUUCGGGGUUCUCAUAAAACAGACAGAAACCUUACAUGAUCUAUACACAUUCAAACUCUCAAAUAAACUUGAAAUCACAUCUGAUAACUACUAGUACUCAGUAAUCAGCCUAGUUGACAAAAAAUAACAAUAGUGUACAAAAUAACCAUAGUUCCAACCUCUAUAAGAACUUGUUAUGUGUUUAAUCUUUCGAACUCUUAGCGAUGCAUAUACGUAUGAACGAACGCCAAAGUCUCUAUCAGUAUUGUACAUUGUAUACGCUUUUAUCUAAUAACAAGGUGAUUUAUCAUAAAUAUCACAUUGCUGUGGAUUCCAUUAGAGAAGGCUGUAAUGAGGCUCUGGUAAGCUUAAGUAAUACAGGCUACCAUCAACGAUACUGCAUCGUACCAGCAAUCAUUAGAUAGAAGUAAGGAGUACAAUAAAUAAGACAGACGUCCAGAAAUGCAACAAAUGUAAUGAAAAUUCUUCAACGUCUACAUGUUACCAUUAACUCAAAACGUGCCAGUGGUAUCUUUAUGGUGAUAAAGAAUGGACACAUCAAAUUAUCCCAAUAUGAAAAUAUUUGUCGACAUAAAAUGUGGAAAUGCAUUUUUUCAUGAAAUUCUAUUUUACAAAAAACCAAAACGUGAAUACGUUUUUGAAGAAAAACAUGAAAAUAUAUUUUCCGCAAAAAAUAAAAACUCUUGUUUCCCUCUAGAACACAUAAAAUUAUGUUUUCUACAAAUUGUAAACUUGUUUUUAACAUAAAAUUCUAUCUUUUUUGUUAAAAUCAUAAUAUUUUAUUUUCUUUCAAAAGCUCCAAAUUAUAAAAUCUAAUCCGGAUAUGAGACUUUGCAUUUUGUAUUUUUAAGAGAAAAAUAUAAUUAUUUUCAUAAAAAAUGAAAUGUUAUGUUUUGACAGAAAACUUAAAUCAGAAAACUUAAAUCAGUUUUGGAUUAAAAAUCAUAUUUUAUAUUUAUGGCGCAAAAUAUGGAAUUGCAUUUUAGCAGAAAACAUGAUUUAUGUUUUCAUGGAAAAACUAUUUAUGUUUAUAAGUGUCUAAAACACAAUAAUGUAAAACAAACAAAUCAACAAUAAUAAUAUAAUUAAUUUAGUAAAAACUCCUUUAUUAAAAGAGUUUUCAUUACAUUCUAUCCCCUGAGAUAGUACUCUCAUAUGACGUGAAUUGAAUUAUUCGUUGUAAAAUCGUUCGUAAAUUUUCUAAGUUUAUAAUAAUGUAGUUAUCUAGCGUUAAAAAAAUAAUGUUUGUAUUCGAAUCGCAUCUACAUCUUCUUGUCCAUUCAAGAAUAUAGGAAAAUCGCACUGCACCCAAAUCAUAUCUCCCAAUACAUAAUUCUAAUUAAUUGCAUCUGUUUCAAAACUCAUUGCUUCCCGCAUAAAAUAACAGUUGUGCUUAAAUUACUGUGGCAUUCGGAGCCUUAACCCAUUUAACAUGGCACCAACCCCCUCCCAAAUUUAGUAAAUAGGUGUGAUAACUUUAUUAUCCAUCUGAAACCAAAGUAAUCGGCAAGCAUCGUAAAUACUUAGGUACUAAAUAAGAAAAUAUCAAUAGAAACAUAAUAUGAAUGAAUAUUUUAACCGACUUUGGACCAUAUUAUCAUUCAGUUAACUGUUACCGGAAUUCAGGAAGAGUAAUCAGUUUAUUAUGUUGCUUCAAUCUAAAUAUAUUAGCAUGGCAACGCACAUAUAUUCAUAUAUAAACCUCUAGGCAUACCUAAGUUUAGUGAAUAUAAAAUCUGGUCUAGCUCUGCUCCUCAUAAAGAUGAGCAAAAAUAUCAAUACAUCAUAAUAUAGAAAAUAGAAAACAACAUAAGAAAAUUAUAAAACUUGGGUGCAAAGCAAAGGGAUUACGGUUUCUUGAGAUAAACUCAUCCAAAUGGUGGAAUCAAUGAGUGCAUCACAAAAAAAAAAAAGAUGAGUGCAUUAUGCUGUAUUCAUCAUUAAUAAUCUUGGUGUAGAAAUUAUAAUAGAUCACUCCAA